GGUGUGUAAAAUUAUGAGAUGAUUGUUUGAGAGAAUGUGUAUCAGUCCAGUUCUGUUGGAUUACGGUCAUUGUGUUUAACUGAGUGUGUUUAUCAGUCCAGUCCCGUUUUAUUGAAGAGUCUGAUAGCUAGUGGAAAGAAACUGUUACACAGUCUGGAUGCGAGGGCCCGAUUGCUUUGGUACCUUUUCCCAGAUGGCAGAAUGGGUGAAAAGUGUGUGUAAGGGGUGUGUCUGAUCAGCCACAAUGCAGAUGGUUUUACGAAUGAAGCAUGUGGUCUAGAUGUCCAUGAUAGAGGGAAUAGAGACCAAAAGUGCAAAACCAUUGCUUGAGCUGCUGAGUCUUGAUUUCUGCUGUGACCUUUUCCCGUAAACAGCAUGAAAGCAUGGAUUCAGCCUACCAGCGAUGGUGUAAUGGAGCUGGGGGUAUUUUCCAUGCACACUUUGGGCCUCUCUGAGUAUAUCGUUGACCAUGUCCAUGAGGAUAAUGUGCCGUCACAAAGCUAAAACCAUUUCAAAUUGGUUUCUUGAACAUGACAAUAAGUUCACCGUAGUCAAAUGGUCUACAAAGUCACCAGAUCUCAAUUCAAUCACCUUUGGGAUGGAGUGCAACCAAUAAAUCUGCAGAAAAGACCUCAUGGUAUCAUACCAAAACCUCUAAACAAUGUUUUCAGCACUUUGUUGAAGCUUUGCCAUGAAAAAUUAAGGCAUUUCUCAAGAUACAAGGUUGUCCUCCCACCCAGGGAUAUACUGUAGAUACCACAAUUUAUUUUGUAAUUCCUGUUAACAUGAUGCUCAGAGUAACAAUGCGAUAAACCUUUAUUUUGGAUUUUUUUUUCUGAAAAAGUCCUAAAUAGGUCCAGUGCAUUCUUGAUAAGCAAGUCACAUGCUUUCCUUCAUCAAGCCAGUAACCUGUGUAUCAGCUUUAAAGCUUUAAAUGUUGCAUCACUUCUAUUUCAGUAGGUUCAAGGUUUCAUUUGCUCAAAAUAGUGGAGUGUGCAAUAAAAGUAUAUCUCACACAAGACACGCUUGGAGAAAGUCCUCCUUGACCUUUCUCAGUAUUUGACUUGAGUCUUUCUCAGAAAAAUACAUAAUGUUACAAAAGAGAAAUGAAUUCAAGGAUAAGUGGAAACCACCCUGAUCGUCUAAAAGUGAUGGGGCUGAGCAAUUCCUUACCUGCUUGGCUUUAGUGAAUGUGAUGAUUAAUCAUUAACUACACUUCUAAUCUUUACAUGCCAAGUCAGGGUGGUGAUUUGCGUGACUUAAGUUCAUUUCCAGUUCAGAAUCGAUUGAGACGUGAUCUGUUGUGUUAUGAAUGUGCGGCUUUUGUCACACCAGACCUUGAAAUUUGCUAAGGUAGCCCAAUGACAGAAUGUUUCAGAAGGCUACAUGACGCAACGUUUACAGACAUCACUGACUAAGUUCUGGUUUAUGUACCCAAACGAUGAUCUACCUGGUCCACACGGCCCAUUGGCAGCUCUUUGGUUUGGUGCUGGCAGUACUGGGAUUGAUCCUGACAGCUGCCACCAGUGGAGUGGAUGACUGGAGAGUGUGGUAUGUGGACGACGUGUCCGUUAUCACCUCUGGCACGGCCUGGGUUGGCAUCUGGAGGGCUUGUUUUUAUAGCAACGUCCUGGACCAGGCUAAGGUUUGUGGACGCAUGAACAUCAAAGACUCUUUCAUUCCCCUGGAGAUUGCUGCAGCGCAGGUGCUGUGUAUGACGGCCAUCCCGGUUGGAAUUGCUGCAAACCUGUUUGCAGGAUACGCCGUAAGACUCGCCUACUUCAGCAUCGAUGAAGGGCAGGUCAGAUUUUUCUUCUUAUCAGCAGGCGCUUUGUAUUUCCUCACCGCGACGUGCACGCUGAUUCCUGUUUUUUGGAAUGUGACUUCGGUGCUGCAGAAUCAUACGAUUGAUUUCCCGCCAGAGUUUCUUCUACCUCCUGCACCGUAUAAACAGGAGCUGGGCCUGGGCAUCAUAACAGGAAUUGGGUCCUCUAUCCUGCUUAUUAUAAGUGGCCUGAUCUUCCUGUCCUACAGGCAAAUGCAUAAAUCCAAAAAGCACAAAGUUGAGGGAUCUAAGGAGACAAACAGAGGUACCAAAAACCUUAGAACUGCUGCCAUGGGCACUAAUAGUAGGAGAGAAGGAACAGAUAACCCAGGAUUCAAGGUAGAGGACAAGCUGUAAUGUCCUGGACAUUUCGACUUCAAUGCUUUUUAAACAUGUUUACCUUACAUUUACCAACCAGUCCACGUCAGACUACAUUCCACUUUCUCCCACAUUUUAUCUGUCACUAGACAUGAGAUAUGCUAUGUGCUUUAUAUGGCACUAGACAUGAGAUAUAGGGCAGGGGUAACUCAGUGCUUAAGACGUUGGCCUUCUGAUCGGAUGAUCGUGGCUUUACGCAAGGCCAUCAACCCCUUAGAGAUAAAUGGAGAUCACACAGGAUAAGACAGUGUACCACAGGACAGAACUAUAAAUAUAUGCCUGUGAUCCUCAUCAUCUCCUUCUUCUGAUUAUGGUCUUAUCCGUACACUAUGUCCAAUAAUAAGCAAGCAGCAUCAUGCAUUAGAUAUGCAAUGCACACUCAGAAAAUCUGGCCUUUCUUGCAUCAUGGUUAUUUGAUUAAUUCGCUUGUUUUAGCGAUUUGACAUUUUGUUUUGUCUAUUAAAGUGGCUUUUAGCACUUUCAGAGCUUCUGUGCCGCAAAAUUACCGGAUGUGCAGCAUCGUGCAGAAGAGAUUGAUUUAACAGAACUAAAACAUCCUCUUUGUUUUUUCCGUCUAAUGACGAUGAAAGUUGAACUUAAAUACAGCAACGGAUUAAAUCUAUACUGUAAAAGUUUUUAAAAAGUUUUCUGAAUGUACAUUUUCACACCAAUGAGCUGUGGGGUUUAUUUGUCAUCCUACUAACUUUGAGGAAAGAAAAGAGAGACGGAGGGAAAUUACUGAUUGUAGCAGCUCUCACAUGCUGUAAGUGAUAACAGUAACUAAGGUGGAUUAGUUAUGGAUUUUAUGUUAUGUUAUGUUAUGUUAUGUUAUGUUAUGUUAUGUUA